AUGGUGCAGAAGCACAUUGGGCACACAACUGCCCACCAGGAAUGCCCACCUGAGCCAGCAACUUCAAGGCCUGCUUGGGUGGGCCUGGCUGGGACCAUGUUCCUGCUGCCCUACACCUGUCCUGAGUGUGGCCGGCGCUUCAGUCAGAAGCUGAACUUAACCAGCCACCAGCGCAGUCACACGGGUGAGUUGCCCUACCUGUGCACGGCCUGUGGCUGUGGCUUUCGCCAGAAGAAGCAUCUGCUCAAGCUCCAGCAAGUCCACCGUGGCGCCCAGCCUCUGGCCCUGGCACCAGGGAGGCCUGCUGAGCAGCCGCUAGACGGGCCCAUGACAGAGCCUUUGCCCUCCAGGGGCGGGUCCCCUGACCACGCCUUGGAGGAGGCCCUGGGGGAUGAGCGAGGCUUGGUCAUCCACCAGCCUGCGGAGGAGCCACCCCACCGUUGCCCAUUGUGCGGCCGGACUUUCCCGCAGCAGCCCAGCCUGGUGCGGCACCAGAAGGCGCACGCAAGCCCAGGCCGUGCCACCUUCGUGUGCCCUGAGUGUGGCAAAGCCUUCGGGGUCAAGCACAACCUGGAGGUGCACCAGCGCACACACACGGGCGAGCGGCCCUUCUCCUGCCCCGACUGUGGCCGCCGCUUCAGUCUCAAGCAGAACCUUCUCGCGCACCGGCGCAUCCACAGCGGGGAGAAGCCACACGAGUGCGGGGAGUGUGGCCGCCGCUUCCGUGAGCCGCGCUUUCUGCUCAGCCAUGCGCGCACCCACACGCGCACUCCCCCUCCGCAUCCGCGCCGCCCUGGGGUCUUUGGGGAGCGGCGGCCUUUUUGCUGUGUAUGCUGUGGCAAGAGUUUUGCUCGUGAGGGCGCCCUCAAGUUACACCAGCGCAGUCAUAGCCGUGUCACCGACGACCCUGUGGCCCAUAGGGGCAGCACACUCUGA